GGGGGGGGGGGGAGUCAGCUUGAAAACGCUUCCCACAUUGACGAAGACGUAAAGUUGCGAGGACUGAAACAAUAGUCAGAAAUGAGAAAGGAGGUGAAGGGGAGAGUGAGCCUGAAUCCGUGGGGACCGUGUUGGACCUGCGUCAUUUGCAGAACCAAGACCACCCACUGACCUUGACUCACCUCCAGCACUUUCACCGCCCCUCAUUUCAAGGGGCAAGACACAAGAGAGAAAGAGGAAGCAGCAUUUGGAGCUAUAGCAUGUAGUUCUCUAUAAUGAUGUUUAUUUGGAAGCUGACAGCCGGCUUCACCAGAGUUCCCAGCAUGAGGCCUCACCCCUGGUGCACCGUCCUGCACGUGUCCCUCUGGGCAGCGCUGGUUCUCACCUUAACCACUGACAGUGAAGACUCAGAGUGUAGCCCUUAUAUCAAAGUACGCCGCCACACAACCUACGAGACCUCACCUGGACGAGAACUUGUCAUUAACUGCCCAGUAGAGUUCUGCAAUAAAUCAGCACCAACAGUGACCUGGUUCAAAAAGCUGAAUGGAACUUCUAAACCAAUCAGUGUCGGAAGUAGCAGUCACAUUAGAACAGAGUGGAAAGAGGUGAACCAUGAGUGGGCAUCGCUUUUGAUUUUCCCAAAAAUACUCAGCAACGACUCAGGUCUGUAUCAGUGUCAAAUGGGACAUGAUGUGAGUCACAACAUCAGAGUCUCUGUCCACGGUGGUGAUCAAAAUACAACGAAGAAUAACACAAUUCCCAAAACUUCUGACCCAGAGGCCUUAAAGCCUUUGUGGAUGUACAUGUUCUCUGCUGCUGGGAUCGUGGGAUUCGUCACCCUAACGAUAGUUUUAACUGUCGUAUCAAUGCGAUGUUGCAAAGGGAAAUCAAAGAAAAAGACACAAGGUGAAUGUCAGUACGCGACGAUCCACAUGGCCGAGAGGCCCCUCACAUGUGGCGGCCCCCCGCCCAGGUCGAGAGCGAGCCCCUCUGCCCCCCCAUCGCGUUUAUCUGCGCCCAACAAGUUGACGUCACCAGGAGAUCUCGUUUACAGCCAGGUGAAGGGAGACAACAAGAGAACGAGGGGAGCGGCGGAGGACGGGAGUGGCGUCGUGUACGCAGCACUCAACCAUCAGCUGCCACCAGGGGCCGCCACUCGGCCCCGGAGGUCGGAGGAGUGUUCGGAAUACGCAGCUAUUCGAGUGGCGUAAACACGAAUCAACCACCGGUGAUGUCAGUCCUGAUAUGUGCUAGAGUCAAUUUGGCAGAAGUUAGCAGAACGUUUCAAACUGGAGCUUCAACGGCAGCAAGGACACGAGGAUGUUGUUCCAUGUCCAGGAUGUUGUGUAUCCUCCUCCACACGUGCGCAGGUCUUCUCUCUGCUCCAGAUGAAGUUUGUCAGAGUUACUCUGAGAACCUUGUCUGUUCAUCUUGUAGUAACGAGAACGACACAAGAGCAGAACUGAGGGAAAUGUCAGCGAGUGCAUGAGGUUGUUUCUCUUCCUGCCGACCAUAUCUCACAUCUCAGUAUCACUCAAAGUUAGACGAACUUGAAAAUAGAGGUUGUGGAAUUUCCCAGAGAGCAUUUUACUGAUGUAAGUUUGAUGAUUAGUGAUGUUCCACAUCAGUGAGGGGGGGGGGGGACAGAAGAGAAUAGAGAAGAGAAACAGCAACUGGUCGAGUAAGAACUGAACCUGUGACUCAAACCUCCAGAUGAAAUAUUAAUCUGCUACUGAAAACAGCCCCAAACAAAUUCACUCUUACUUUUGCCCAGAACCUACAAAGGCCACUUUCUGAGAUAUUUACAUUCCAUAAAAAGAAACUACAUUUCCUAAAAAUCUUCAAUCGGAGCCGGAGGCCGAGAGCUGAAUGUCACAGACACUAUGAGAAGUCCUAAAUGGAUUGUUACACACUGUUUGCAAACUUUCUCUAACUGGUGUGGUUUUGUGUGCGAUCCCAAUUUGCGAUGUUUGUUUAAAAAGUGUGACUUCACUUUCACAACUUGAGAUGACUCUUCGGAGUGACAUCACACCUGAUAACAGUUAUGCUUCCAUGAGUUUUCAUCCUGGGUCAAGUCGACUGUGUGAAUGUAAACAUGAGCUUUUGUAAUCCUUCAGGAAAAACUUGUUGUUUGUCUGUAACUUCAAAAUAAGAGAAUGUAAUAAUAAUUUAAAGUUUUUGUGCAAUCAUAUAAUAUAA